GAUGCUUUAAUCCAUUCUGACUUUAUGAACAGCGGAUAUUGAUUCACACAGAAAAAAAAAAGUUUCCAAAUGUGUUUUUGAAAAAAAAAAUUGAAUUAUAGCUUACUAAAACUGAUACAAUCAUUUUGACUUUGAAAUGAAUAAAUGUUUCAUCUUCAAAAAAAAAAAAAAAAAUUCAACAACGGAUCAAGUUAAAGACCACCAUUUAAAAAAAAAAGUUGAAAAAGUUUAUCACUGUACAAGCAGGCCUGUCUCUCUGAUGGGUCUUGGUGGUACUCUGUCAGACUGCCGUUCCGCCGUGGAAGGUGAGGGCGCUCCUUCCAGUCCACUCGUGCUUUUUCACAGCCUGCCUGACCCUCCACCCCCUCACCAACAAGCCACUUCCUCUAUUGUCUGAUUUCAUGGCGAUCGGGAGAGAGGGAACACCACCGACGCACGCACACUGUCUCAGCACUCUUGAAAGAGUUUAUCCGGGUGUAAACUAAGUAGUCAGCCUGACUGGCACAACGGACAUAGUUCUCCGGGUGGAACUAAGUGGACAUCGUUAAAGGGGCUCCCUAGCACUUGGAUCUGUUCUUCUCUGUCCCAGGUUUAGACUGCUUGGUCUAUGGCUCUGAUGGACAAACACAAACAGGUCAAGCGGCAGAGACUUGACCGCAUAUGUGAGGGUAUCCGACCCCCUAUCCUGAAUGGGCCAAUGCACCCGCGGCCCCUCGUGGCCCUGCUGGAUGGGCGCGAUUGCACUGUGGAAAUGCCCAUCCUGAAAGAUGUGGCCACUGUGGCCUUCUGCGAUGCUCAGUCCACACAAGAGAUUCAUGAGAAGGUGCUAAAUGAGGCAGUGGCCGCUCUACUCUACCACACCAUCACUCUCUCCAGAGAUGACUUGGAAAAGUUUAAAGGCCUCCGUGUAAUCGUCAGGAUUGGCUCCGGCUUUGACAACGUCGACAUAAAAGCAGCUGCUGAGCUAGGCAUUGCAGUCUGUAAUGUGCCGGCAUCCUCGGUGGAAGAGACAGCCGACACCUCGCUGUGUCUGAUCCUCAACCUGUACAGGCGAGUCACCUGGAUGCACCAGGCCCUCAGAGAGGGAACCCGCGCUUCUAGCGUGGAGCAGAUCAGGGAGGUAGCUGGCGGCGCUGCUCGUAUCAGGGGUGAGACGCUGGGCAUUAUCGGUCUCGGGCGUGUUGGCCAAGCGGUGGCUCUGCGGGCUAAGGCCUUCGGUUUUGGCGUGAUCUUCUAUGACCCCUACCUUCCUGAUGGCGUGGAGCGCUCGCUCGGCCUGCAGCGCAUGGCCACCCUGCAGGACCUGCUCAUCCACUCUGACUGUGUAUCCCUGCACUGCAGCCUCAACGAGCACAACCACCACCUCAUCAAUGAUUUCACCAUCAAACAGAUGCGUCAGGGAGCCUUCCUGGUGAACACAUCAAGAGGAGGCCUGGUUGACGAGAAGGCAUUGGCUCAGGCCCUGAAAGAGGGCCGGAUACGAGGGGCUGCCCUGGACGUCCAUGAGACGGAACCUUUCAGUUUUUCUACAGGCCCUCUGAAGGACGCCCCCAACCUGAUCUGUACCCCGCACACAUCCUGGUACAGUGAGCAGGCCUCGGUGGAGGCUCGCGAGGAGGCCGCCAGGGAGGUUCGCCGCGCCAUCACUGGGCGUAUCCCCGACAGCCUGAAGAACUGUGUUAAUAAGGAGUAUCUGAUGGCAGCCUCUCAGUGGCCCAGCAUGGAGGCCGCCACUGUUCAUCCAGAACUUAAUGGAGCCACUUACAGAUUUCCUCCAGGUCUGAUCAAUGUUGCAGCAGCAGGGGGUCUCCCGGGAGCCGGAGGAGGUGUUGAAAGCCUGGUUUCAGGAACCUUGGCGCACGGCAUCGCCCCUGUCUCCCACCCCCCUCACGCCCCCUCCCCUAAGGCCGAAGCCGACAGAGACAUCCCCUCCGACCAAUAGCCCCCGCAGCCGCCGCCAGCACAUUCCGUCACCUCUGGAAACCAACCCCCCCACCCACCACCUCCUCCCAGCAUCAGACACAGCCCAACCCUCCAGUACAUCGCCAGUUUGACCUGAUGUGGAUCUACACAGUCGUGUUCCUCAGAUCACAUAACCAGCCCAGGAGUGACUUAUCCACAGCUAGCCCCAUCCCACAACACAUCCCUCCAUCUUCGUCCUCAUCUCACCCUCUCCCUCACCAUCCCCCCUCCUUCACUCCCCCCACAACGUCAGCAAUAACUGUUCUCAAGGAUUCAAUGAUUGGAUUGGUUUAUAUCCUUAGUUGGCUGUUGUUUUAAUGGAACAUUGAUCUGUUGUGGUUCUAGGUGUUAAUGUUUGUUUGUAAAAAAAAAAAAGAAAAAAAAAUAGCAUUUCUGACAUGAGGCUCUCCAGUCUGCUGCCUCCUGCAGUCCUCCUCUGCUCAGGGGCAGACAGGUGGAAGCCCCUCUUUGUACAUUAAUGGCUCAUGUUACUGCUCUCUUCUUAUUCUUCUUUUCUUUUUUUUCUUUUUUUUCUUCCGUUUCUUGUAAUGGGGGAAAACGUGUACUAAAGUAAAACCAGACAGAAUCUCAAACAGUACAUCCUGUCCUCCCCCACCAGGCAUCUAGCUACCCCCUCAGCCCAGUUUGGCCCUUGGCACUUUUCGUCAGCUCGCUCAGAAGACGGAUCUAUGAUGCUGUCAGACUGUCAAAGUGCGUUUUCCCUGCCGAGUCCAUACUCCAGAUAGUGAUAUCCGAGACCCUUUGUCGCCUUUUACCGCUGUGACCGUCUAGUUUCAGGACAGUCGUCCCUGUAUUUACACAUGGAUAGUUUUAUAAUAGCUCAGAGCGUCAUAUCAGAGAGCACCUUGGCUUGAAUUUCCAACUGCCAUGUGUGAGGUCCUCUAAACAUGGUGCCCACACAGCAGGCCGGAGGCAUCGCCAGCAGAGGGCACCAUCCAACCGCACGCAGCUCAUUUCAGUCCAACACAUGGACAGUAACAGGUUAGCUGUAGUGACGAAGAACACGACCACACACUGCCGACAUUCAGAACACAGGAUGGGUGACCAGGGAUCGACGACCGCCUUAUUGUUUAAUAAGAUCUCACUGCACACCACCACCAACACCACCACCGCCCACCCCCUGCCCCCACCCAACCACCCACCCACCCUCCGCUCCUCUCCCACUGUCAUCUACUCAUGAACCAGUAUGCAUCCACCAAUUCCUUUAAGCGUGAGGGGACAGUAGAGAUUAGACUCCCGGUAGGAGCAAGGCGACAGUGUUCUUGCAUGCUGGCUUUGUUAAUGAUAGUGGUGUGUGUGUUUGUGUGAGUGUGUGUGUGUGUGUGUGUGCGUGUGUGUGUGUGUGUGUUCCCUCACCCUGUUAUAACAAGCUAUUGUCUUUCCAAAGGAAUAGUCCCUAGGAGUAACUCUUUAACGCUGUUGCCCUGGUGUGAAGGGAACACCUUUCUAGUACCUCAGUAACAGAUAUUGAAUGUACCGUGCAUACCCUUUUAUUUUUUGUACAGAUUUUCUAGAUACUUCUUUACUAUUCUUUACCAGAAGGGUUGUGAAAUUGUAGCAGUAAUGAUACAAUAAAUAAAGAUAACAUUGCCCCCCCCCAGUGGAAUAAAUUUGACAAAAAUCUCUCUGUUCACUAUAGGUCACUGAAUACUCAGGCUUCAAAAACCAAUGCUUAUCUCUCUGCCUUUACCUUUUAAUUUCCUCAUCGUGGAAGAUUCAGCACAACGCUCUCCCAUCCUUAGACUUCAGACUGUAGUAGAUGUGUUUUCGAUCUCCAUCUUACUGGCUAAUGGGAAAAAAAAACAAGAGUCGGUCGCCGUGGUCUGCUAGUUUUUCUUUUACUAGAACAGUAGUAGUAGAUGCUGUUUUUUGUUUUAAUCGCCCCGUCAUUGUCAGGCUGCUCUAUCUAUAGUGCAUGUGAGGUAAUGUUUUAGGGGAAAUGAUAUUGGCUUAAAGAAUUUGUGUCAUCUUGCUGUUUCCCUCUGCUCCCCCGGCCUUUCCCCUCCCCCUCCCCCUCCCUCAGAGUGUUUUCAAACCCGAGUUGCCAUUUUUCUUUCUUUUUUUUUUUUUUUUUUUUUUUUUGUCGUGGUCAGUUUCCAGUGAUGUACAGUUUUUUCCCCUCAGAGUCUAUGAGAGACACGGAGCAUGUCUGUGUCCUGAGAUGCUAGGCUCCUCUGUCAUGUGAUGAGUAUAUAUUUUUAAAAAUAACCCCCAUAGUUCGGAUUAUGAGCAUAUUAGUAAUCCUAAAAUUUUGCUGUUGAUGAUGAUGAUUAUAUAUAUAUAUUUUUUUUCAGUUCAGCAGUGCACUGUUAUGAAAACCAUUCUGUUUUAUUGUAGGAUUUUCAUUUGUAUGGAUAUGCUUUUCUGUGUUCUACAUGUUGUACUGAAACAUUUCAGAGAAAACGAGAUCCCUCUCCUGGUGAAUUUUUUUUUUUUUUUCCUUGUUUUAAAUUUUCGUCUUAUCCCAAACUGUCCUUUCCAGCUGAUCUCCUCUGGGCCUUACUUAUUCUCUCCCUGUAAAAGUAGCUGUUAAUAGAAAGUCGCCAUGGAACCACUCACUGCCUUAAUACAGAUGACCACAGCAGGUGAAGUUAGGAGACACACCCAGUUGAAAAAGAACGAGCUGCGAUCAAGGCCGCUCCGCAAAAAGCUCCUCACACCCCGGCAUGCCUAAAUCUGCAGCGUUUCUUUUUUCAGUGAUGAACCACAUUUAGCCUCGCGUCGACAGUCGUUUUCAGCUCCAACACAUGAAAUCCAGUGUGAAUUCUUACUGUGCAUUGAAAGAUUUAGCUUUUUUUCUCCUCGUUAUUAUUAUUAUUAUUUUUUUUUUUUAGAAGUCAGCCCGGCAGUGUGUGCGUGCGUCGGCUAACAGAUAAGCACAGUGUGUAUGCUCACAAAGCCACAGCUGAUAUUUCACUCUUGGGUGUGAGAAUGCCCGCCCGCCCCAUCCCUCCACAACGACCACCGCCGCCACCACCACCACUCCGGUGCUCUAAUGGCGUCUUUCACAGUGCUGCCAGAGUCUCCAGUGGAGCUGGGAGGGGUGGUGGUGGGCGGGGGGGCAAUAGCGGACACUGGUGUGGUCUGUCAAACAGAAGAAAAAAAAGAAAAAGCAGAAAAUUAAGAAUCGGUCACUUUUUCUCUCUCAGGGUUCAAAUGCACACAUAUCCUCCAGCAGUCGCCCUCUGUCUCGUGUCCCUCGUCCCAAGUUUUCCGCCCUCAGAACGUAGAACAGCCUCCUGCGUUUUUAGAAACCGUUCUCCUCUCGUCCCCCUCUACCCUCGUUUGUGCACAGGUCUGAACUUUUUUUUUUUUCUUUGUUUUGCUUUGUUUUGGCACUGACAUCUAACCAUCUAACAAGGAAUGAAUGAAUGUUUGAAAGUGACUGUGUGUUAUGUUAAAAAUUGGGAAAUGUAUUUUUACAACAUGUGAACGUGUUUGUUUUUGUUUUUUUGUUUUUUGUUUUCCACUCACUCUCAUUGUGAAAUGAUUUUUUUUUUCUUUCACCAGACUGCAAAAACAAACAAACGAAAAAAAAGACAAAAAAAAUCUCCUGUAACUAGGCUCUUAAGCUUUAUUUUUGUUUUGUUUACUUUUUUAUUAGAAACAAUCAUGUUUGUGAUGGUAACUUCCAAUGGUAAACUCCACACCGUAUUUUAAUAAAAUCUUAAAAAUUAA